CAGGAAGCUCCUGCCCUGCCCAGCACCUGUUCCAGGUUCCAGCUUCCAGCCCAGCAUGGCAUCUCCGAUGCCUAUCCAGACCUUGCCCUCCAUCCUGAUUCUGCUGGCAAUCUUGGCUCCAGGAGCUGCAGAAUUCAACAUCUCCAGCCUCUCUGGUCUGCUGUCCCCAGCACUAGCGGAAAGCCUGCUAGUUGCUCUGCCCCCCUGUCACCUCACCGGAGGCAAUGCCACACUGAUGGUCCGGAGAGCCAAUGACAGCCAAGUGGUGAAGUCCAGCUUUGUGGUCCCUCCAUGCCGUGGACGCAGGGAUCUGGUGAGCGUGGUGGACAGUGGAGCUGGCUUCACCGUCACCCGGCUCAGUGCAUACCAGGUGACAGACCUCGUGCCAGGAACCAAAUACUACAUUUCCUACCAAGUGCAGAAGGGGACAACUACGGAGUCCAGCAGAGAGAUCCCGAUGUCCACCCUUCCUCGAAAGAGUAUGGAGUCCAUUGGGCUGGGAAUGGCCCGAACAGGGGGCAUGGUGGUCAUCACGGUGCUGUUGUCUGUCGCCAUGUUCCUGCUGGUUGUGGGCCUCAUCAUUGCUCUGGCACUGGGCGUCCACAAGUGAAGAGCCUGCCUGCAUGGUGACCAAGUCCAGUACAGUCUCUGUCCCCAGAGGCCUCCUCCCAGGCCUCAGCCACCUGCUUUCCUCUCCCGGCUUUCCAUCUGCGCUCUGUCCUUCUUGGGGGUCCCCUACGUCUCACCUUCCAACACUCCCUACCAUUCCCCUCCCCACUACUGUCAGCCAUCUUUCCUCCCAUCUUACCCACUCUACCCUCAUAACAAUCUCCUCCUCCCUUUGUGACCUUGGGUAGUUAUA